UCUCUUAGCGGAGAGAGAGGCGCAGCACCCCACCCCCACCACCAACUGGCAAUGGCAUAGAGUCAGUGACCUCACUUGCUUUUUCCUUUUUUGCUAUACUUUUUUCCUUGUCUCUUUUCACCUUUCCUAUCUUCCUUUCUCAAAUCUCAUCAGCUUCUUUUCUUUAUUUUUCUCUCGUAGUAUCUAAAAAAACCCCCCACUUUUUGCUUAAAAACCCAGAUAUGAACUAGGGUUUGUUGCCAAUGCAAAGAGCUUGAUUCUUCACAUUUCCCUUGAGAAUACAAGUAAUGGGCGAAAUGGGGAAGAAUGUGUUGGUUUUGUGUUUUAUUUUGCUCUUGUUUUUUGGAGGUGUCACUUCAGCUCCUACUACUACUUCACCAGCAAAGAUUGUUAGUGGGGUUUUCUCAAAUGUCGUGCCUGCUUUCAUGAAGUGGCUAUGGUCUAUGAAAUCCACCACCAAAACAGUGAUCUCUGGUCGUCCAAUGAUGAAGUUUGAGAGCGGGUAUACCGUGGAGACAGUGUUUGAUGGAAGCAAGCUCGGGAUUGAGCCUUACUCCGUGCAGGUGUUGCCCAGUGGAGAGCUUCUGAUUCUGGACUCUGUUAACAGUAACAUUUACAGGAUGUCUUCUUCCCUGUCUCUCUACAGCAGACCUAAGCUGGUGGCUGGAUCCCAUGAAGGACACUCUGGACAUGUGGAUGGAAAGUUGAGAGAGGCAAAGAUGAACCACCCGAAAGGGCUUACUGUAGAUGACAGAGGAAACAUUUAUAUUGCAGACACCAUGAAUAUGGCAAUCAGGAAGAUAAGUGAUGCAGGGGUUACAACAAUUGCUGGAGGGAAAUGGGGCCGAGGGAGCCAUGUUGACGGGGCAAGUGAAGAUGCGAAGUUUUCUAAUGAUUUUGACGUGCUUUACAUUGGAAGCAGUUGCUCCCUACUUGUUAUAGACAGAGGAAACCAAGCCAUCAGAGAGAUCCAGCUGCAUUUUGAUGACUGUGCUUAUCAAUAUGGAAGUGGUUUUCCGCUUGGAAUUGCAGUGCUGCUAGCAGCUGGCUUCUUCGGUUACAUGCUAGCAUUGCUGCAACGCAGGGUGGGAAUGAUUGUUUCUCCUCAGAAUAUUGCAAUGGAAACUAGCACUACAGGAAAUCCUUAUCAGAAGCCUAUCAAAUCAUUCAGGCCACCUUUAAUCCCAACAGAAGAUGAACAGGAGAAGCAUGAGGAAGGCCUAUUCGGAUCCCUUGGCAAGCUUUUUAUCAACACUUGGGCAUCUAUUGCAGAAAUUUUGGGAGGCAUAGUUCCCAGUUUCAGAAAGAAGCCACCAAGCUAUCAGUAUCAAAACUACCAGCAGCAAUCAACUUCUUGGCCUGUGCAAGACAGCUUUGUGAUACCAGAUGAAGACGAGCCGCCUUCGACUGAAACCAGAACCCCAACGCCUAGGAAAACCUAUCCAUUCAUGUCAAAGGAUACAGAAAAGAUGCAUCAAUGGCGGCAAAGUCGUUCUAUCUAUAGUGGGUGGGAUGGAGAUAUUCAGCAGCAGCAGCAGCAGCAAAAACAGCAGUAUCAUCAUCAGUAUCAAUCCUCUACCCCACAUACUUACUAUGAGCAAAGCUACGAGAAAACCAAUGAGAUUGUGUUUGGGGCAGUUCAAGAGCAGGAUGUGAAACAUGGAACUACGGUGAUAUUGCCUGUAAAUUAUGGAGAUCCGAUACACAACCGCCACAACAUCCGCUAUCGAACCAAUUCUCUGCAUUAAACAAAUGGGUAUUGAGUAUGUGACAAUAUGCAGAGAUUUUGGAGGCUUCGGGAUAUACUCGAUGUCAGGAUUUAUUCUUAGAGCAUGGAGGUUUUUUGGGAGCCGCUUAGUGCUUUUUAGGGUUUACUCGGUCUGGUAAAAAUAAUAUAGUUGCAUUACAUGGUGCUUUGAUAAAAAUUGGUCCUAAGAAGUUAUGAAGAUGCCUUGUUCUCUGAUUCUAUGUGUAUCGAAUGCGUGGUUGACAAUGAUUUGGUGAAGGCCCUUUGGACAGAAAUUAAUGAGCCAACCUGUUGUUCCAUAACAAGAAGGUACAGUUUGAUGUCUGAUCCUUUUGGGAUGAAAAUGACUCUUUACUUUAAUUUCUCGUUUUUGACCUUAUAACCUUUGUUUUAAUUUUUGCUAGCCAAUUAGAGUCCAAAUUCUCCAACUUCAUGUUCAUGGGCAAGCAUCACCUGCUCUCCUGCUAAAGUAGACGAAGAAGAAGAAACAAGGAUUUUGAUAUUUCUUAACUAUAUUCUUCGAUAAUUCCCCAACUUCAUGUUCAUGGCAAGCAUCGUGAAGAUAUUGAUAAUCUGCUCUCUAACUUUUAUGCUUC